AUCCCUUGCGCCGCUCACGAGACAGCCCUCCAGCGCUUUGACCCCUUCGGCCACCGUCAGUUCUGAGUUACUAUGGUAACUCAGCUGCCAUCAGGAUGUCGUUGCAAAAGACCUCUUCAUCUCGGGUGUUCGUGGAACUGGUUCCCUGGGCUGACCGGGGCCAGGAGAACAAUCUGGUCUCGGGCGGAGAAACGCUGCCAGGCCUGCGCCGUCCACUCUCAGCACAGGGCCAGACUUCGACCCGCGAGGUGCACGUAAGCGGUACCGCCGAGGUGUCUGCGAGCCCCGACCGAGCGCAGGUAGCAGUGCUGGUGAGCAGCACCAAGGAGGCCGCGGCCGAAGCCAAGAAAAGCGUUUGCCGCCGCUUAGACUACAUCACACAGAGCCUCCAGCAGCAGGGUCUGCAGUCAGAAAAUAUAACUGUAACAAAGGAUAUCAGAAGAGUGGAAAAUGCUUAUCACAUGGAAGCAGAGGUCUGCAUUACAUUUACUGAAUUUGGAAAAAUGCAAAAUAUUUGUAACUUUCUUGUUGAAAAGCUAGAUAGCUCUGUUGUCAUCAGCCAACCCCAGUUCUAUCAUACUCCAGGUUCUGUUGAGAAUCUUCGACGACAAGCCUGUCUUGUUGCUGUUGAGAAUGCAUGGCGCAAAGCUCAAGAAGUGUGUAACCUUGUUGGCCAAACUCUAGGAAAACCUUUAUUAAUUAAAGAAGAAGAAAUGAAAGAAUGGGAAGACCAAAUAGAUGAUCACCAGUCAUCCAGACUUUCAAGUUUGUUAACUAUACAACAAAAAAUCAAAAGUGCAACAAUACAUACUGCUUCAAAAGUAUUUAUAACUUUUGAAGUAAAGGGGAAAGAGAAGAAAAAAAAACAUCUCUAAAAUUCCAACCAAAAUGUAUUGUGUUUGUAUCUUUUUGUCUAUUUUUAUACUUUUUAUAAUGUUUGCUUUUGCCUGAAUAUAUACACAUACAUAUAUAUAGUAUAUAAUGUGUUCUUCCCCAAAUUUGUGAAUCCUUGAAUAUAGCCCCAAAGAAUACUUAUGUUUACUUUUCUAUUUUUAAAACCUCACUUUGGGAAAUACUCUUUGGAAGUAAAUGUGUUAUGUGCACAUUUGUAUAAUGAAUU